AUGUCUUCAACCGCACCGAAACAAUACGAGUACAUUCUCACGUCGAAACCUGACCCUUCGGUCGCACUCAUCACACUCAACCGUCCGAAAGCACUUAAUGCUUUAUGUUCACCGUUGUUCGAUGAACUGAACGAGGCGCUGGCUGGCUACGACGCGGACCCGGAGGUGGGAGCUAUCGUGUUGACGGGGUCGGAGAAGGCGUUCGCUGCGGGUGCGGAUAUCAAGGAGAUGAGGGAUAAACAGUGUGCGUUCUCGGACGUCUACAAGAAUAAGUUCCUCGAGAACUGGACGGCCAUCACCAACCUCCGCAAACCCAUCAUCGCCGCAGUGAGCGGCUACGCCCUCGGCGGCGGCUGCGAACUCGCCCUCUCCACCGACAUCAUCCUCGCCUCCCCCACCGCCAAAUUCGGCCAACCCGAAAUCAACCUCGGCGUCAUCCCCGGCGCAGGCGGUACCCAACGCCUCGCCCGCGCCAUCGGCAAAUCACGAACGAUGGAGCUCGUCCUCACCGGACGCAACUUCUCCGCGCGUGAAGCCGAGGCCUGGGGCGUAGUUUCUCGCGUCGUUGGGGAGGGAGAGGGCGAGGUCGUCAAAGAGGCAAUAGAGAUGGCGAAGGUGAUUGCGGGGAAGGGACAGUUGGCGGUUCAGGCGGGGAAGGAGGCGGUGAAUGCGGCUUAUGAGGGGAGCUUGAUAGAGGGGUUGAGGACGGAGAGGAGGCUUUUCCAUAUGAUGUUUGCGACGAGCGAUCAAAAGGAGGGCAUGAGUGCGUUUACGGAGAAGAGGAAGGCGAACUUUACGCAUUCGUGA